AGACGUUUUAGAGUCAACUCAGUAAUGAGUAAAUCAUCAUCAAAUCGUGUAAACACCUUGGAUCGAUUACCACGAUUCAGUUUUGGUAGUAAAGAUCGUCAUAAAAAAGAAUCAAUCGAUGUUGGUGAAACACAAAACACUCCGACUGCUACUGUCAAUACCACUGACGACAUCGAUAUCGAUAUCGAUAACAAUAUGGAUGCAGCAGAGUGCAAUACCGAUUCGAGUGGUGGGAGUAAAAAGACAACAACUAGUGAGAAAGCGGAACGAUUACGUGAAUUAACAGAGAAAUUAAAAGGUUUCUCACCACAAACAAAAUCAACAAAUGUACCAAAACGUCCAAAUCGUCGUUUACCACCUUCAAUUCAAUCUGCCACCAUUAAUUGUCAUCAGAAAACAAGUGAAGAACCACAAAAUGAUCAGAAGAUUGUAGCAACACCGACAAUUUAUCGUAAAAUUCCAUUUAAAUCGGUUUCAUUUUCACAAGGGGAUUUUUCAUUUAUUGAUGGAAAAUAUAUGCGACGUAAACAAUCGACGUCAUCUGGAGGAUCAUCUGGUGCUAGUGGGAAUGUUAGUGGUAGUGGUUCUAGUGAUCUUAAUCAUGCAUUGGAAGUGAAUGAUCGAGAUCGAUCAUUAACGCAUCCGUUAGGGAAACGAGCACAAAUCCAUUCACGUAUACGUCAACAACAUCAUAACAAUAAUAUAAAGACAUCUCCACCAGCAAUAGCUACAACACCAACCAAUAAUGAACCUGCAGCACCUCCACCAGAUGUUUUGUUAACGUUGCCAAGUGUUCUUGAUGAAAUUAAUAAAGUUGUUCUUGUACCAGAUAAAACAGACUCGGUGUGUUCUGAAACCCAAACCAGUGUGGGUGAGUCAGUGUCGUUACUGAAUGGUGAAGUGAAUAACAGUGCAAAUGCUGAGUCAAAUACUGUGACUGUCAGUGAACAACAAGUGCAAACUCAACAACCUCCACGAUCUAGAAAUUCAUCGGGAUCAUCUUCAGCGGCUGAUAAAUCUCGUAAACGUAAAGGUAUAUACAUAACAAAAUGGCCGUCACACAUUGAUGAUACGACCAAAGAGAUUCUUGGAGGUGAUACCUUAGAUGAUACAAUCUAUUUACAAGGUGAUGUUCCAACAAACAACACAUCCUCCGGAACGGACGAACAAUGUUGUACACCGGAUGAAUGGUAUGGAACAAAUACGACCGAAGGUCCAGAAUGGCCAACGAAUAAACUUAAUAAUAAGAUUCUAGUACGAGUUGAUUCCUUAUCAGAGAGCGAAAGUGAACAUCGGGAUUAUUUAACAAGUUCACGACCAUCGAUUUACUCGGAUAAAUCCGAUAUAUCGGAUUGUGAGACACAACAAACGAACACUCCAAGACGUUACUCGAAGCGACCGUUACGUGGUCCUUACGGACAAAUGUUAGAAGCGGAAAUGAAAAAACCUGAUACGAAUAAAAUGUUUUCGAAAUUGUAUUACAAUAAAGAAUUAAAAUUUUUAGAUGAUUUAAUGGGUAAUAUAAACAAUGAUAAUUGUGUAAAGACUUCUGAGCCAAGUACACCGAUUCCGAGCACACCGAAUGUGAUACGUACCCGAUCCGCUGGUAAUCGUUCCUUGGACGAAACACACAUGAAACCAAAAGAUACGUCUAUUACGAAAUGUAUGCCACAGCGAAAAAGUGGAGCAUCUGCUCUCAAUAUACCGCAUACGCACACAUCUACCACUCCCUUUGUUCGACAUCAAAGAACCACAUCAAGUCCUUCCAAAUUAGAAGGGAUUGCUAUUCAAUCAAAAGAUUGUGAUUAUUUACGACCGGUUAAUACCGAUACAAACUUGUUAAAAAAUAGUACAGAAUGUUUGAGUCCGCAAGCAUUUUUAGAAAAUAUACCCAACCCAAAUGAUACUCGAACACAUAUUGUUGUCGAAUUAUACGAUACAGAACGAUCCUAUGUUGAAUCAUUACAAACCUUAGUCACUAAAUAUUUACAGCCAUUGAAAAGACCAGAAAAUGCUGGUCUUUUAGAACCUGCAAUUGUAGAUGAAGUCUUUUAUCAGGUACCAGCAUUAUUAUGCCAUCAUGAAAUUUUUUUGGAUGAAUUACAUAAACGUUUGGAACAUUGGGAUGCAAAACAAAAAAUUGGAGAUGUGUUCAUAGAUGUUUUUACGAAGCCAUCUGUAGUUGAGACAUAUACUGGAUUUGUUAAUAACUGGAAAAAAGCGAAGGAAAUCAUUAAAAAUACUGCUCAAGCUAAGCCUGCUUUUGCACGAUUCAUUGAGGCAAUGGCUCGUGAACAUAAAGGUAAAUUUGCAUUGGAUUCGCUAUUAAUAAAACCAAUCCAAAAAUUUCCAAAAUACGAAAUGCUCAUACAGCGACUACUCAAACAUACUGAAAUCACUCAUCCGGAUCAUCAAUUAUUAUUGGAGGCUCAACAUCAUAUUCAUGAACUACUUUUGAAAAUCAACUGCACUGAACGAGAAAUGAAUGAAUUCGAACAACAGCAACAGAAUUUAAAAGAGUUAGAAUCAUUGGUCGAAGGUUUAAUUAAUUUAGUUGUAUCAGAUCGUCAAUACUUACGUCAUGACUUAGUUACUAUGGUCACCACACAGGGUACACGCAAAGAUCGUGCUUUAUUUUUAUUCAACGACUUAUUAGUUAUCACUAGUAUUAAACGACGUAGUGGAACUGUUCGUAAACCUUCUACCAUUUGUUCAGCAAGUGUUGCAAAUUCAUUGGAAACUCAUAAAUAUAAAUUAUUAAUGCGAUUACCAUUGGACGAUUUAGAAAUAAUAAAACCUAAAGAUGAUAAUGUACGGCGUAUGAUGAGUGAAAUUGAAAACAUAUCAGAAGAUUUAGCAACAUUAAAUCAAAUCAAUGAGUUAAUAUGGUCGUUACAUUGUCCACACGAGCAAUUAGAUGAAAUUAUACGUGAAAUGUUGGCAACGACUAAUCGUCAAUUGGCUGAACGACAAAAUUCUGGUAGCCAAGUAUCCUAUUUGGAAUUGAGUUUAAACACAUCGAAUGGAAUUGAAGUGAUUUCAAUUAUAUUCCCAAAAAAUGAACUUCGUGCUAGCUGGGAGGAUGCAUUUAAUGACGCCAAACAAAAAUUAGCAUUAUCUCCAAAUAGACGUCCAUUACCAGAGUUCAUGUCAGCGGUACCAAUACGAAAAACCAGGUCUGGUUUGCAAUUCACAUGUGCAGCACCAACAUUAGUCACAACGAAUAUAACAGGGACUGGAGCACCAGGUACAACUCAUGCUUCAUCAAAUCGACCGCCUGCAUGUCAAGAUGUGUGGGUUUGUAACAGUGACGGCUACGUGGGUCAAGUGUGUGUCUUGAGUUUGUAUCCAGAACCAACGGUGGUGUCAUGUAACAGUGUGUGCAACGCACGCAUUCUAUGCAUGGCUUCUAUACCUUCACCGAUGGCUUCAAACUCUAGUGACACCUACAACAACACUUCGGUCCAAUACAGUAAAAAUGGCUCAUUAAAUUUAUAUUCAUCAAGUUUAUCUUCGUACACGAAUUACAAGACUCUAGGUGGUUGUGGCUACACCGUCACCAAACAUGAUCAUGACACCAAUAGUGGAAACAUUCAUUUUGAUAGUAGUUCAUCCAGCGGGGAAUCCGACACGGAGGACGUGGAACAUGAACAAUCAGAACGUGACCACUCUGGUGGAGGUGAUCGAACUAGUACUGCCAGUAACAGCGCUAAUCAAUCAGCACUAACGCAAUCACAAUCACAAUCUACUGAGCUUGUUGAUCUGCCCGAGACGGCACAACCGACCAUGUGGUUGGGAACUGAAGAUGGAUGCAUUCAUAUGUACAAUUCAAGUGAUAAUAUUCGAAUCAAAAAGAAUAAAAUUAAAAUUCAACAUAAUUCUGCUGUUCAAUGUAUUAUAUACUUGGAUAAUCGAGUGUUUGUAUCUUUGGCAAAUGGAGACAUCACAAUUUAUACCAGAGAUAAUUUGGGAGUUUGGAACACAAGUGAUCCAUGCGUUAUAUCAAUUGGUACAGCAUCAAUGCCCGUUAUACGUAUGUUACCCAAUAAUGGUAAACUUUGGUGUGGAUGUCCAAAUUUUAUAAAAAUUUUAAACAUUACUACACUUCAGGUGGAACACACAUUUCCAGUGAGUAACGAUAGUUGUAAACAAUUAUCGUGUAUGACACUGACAGGCCUAGGUGUUUGGGUUUCAAUUCAUAAUUCAGCGGUUAUCAAAUGUUUCCAUGCCAACACCUAUGAAAUGUUAUGUGAAAUCAAUGUCACCCCAACGGUUAAUAAAAUGUUAUCCACAGGUUGUGAUGAUAUUAUUCGACAGCAUAAAUCGGCAUGCUUACGAGUGACAGCUUUGUUAGCGUGUAAGGAUUUAUUAUGGGUUGGUACCAGCGCUGGCGUUCUUCUAACAAUUUUGAUUCCACAUAUCACUCAGAGUACCGAACGGAUUACAACACAAUUAACUGUAAAUGGUUUGUCACAUGGACAUACGGGUCAAGUACGUUUCUUAACGUACGUUGAAGAUGCCACUCACGCUGUGACCACAACCAGUAAAAUUGGAAAGUAUGGCCACCAUCAUAAAUACACAUCACAAACGAACAAAGAUCAAAAUAAAAUCUUAAUAAUAAGUGGUGGGGAUGGUUACGAAGAUUUCCGUAAUGCAAGUGUAUCGGAAUUAGCGGGACGUGAAGAUUCAACAAACCAUCUUUUAUUGUGGCAUGUUUGAAUCAAUCACGACAAUUAUACAAUUGAACUCAAAAUGUAAACUUUGAGACUUUCGAGUUCGUUGUUUCAAAUAAAAAAAGUUCAUUGGCCUAUUUUACAAGUACAAAAGAAACAAUAUCUUCUUUUUAAAAUUAGAUCAAAAGCAUUUAUUGUCUUUUUUCCUCGAAUUUCUAAAUUCACUAUUUUUUUUUUAUAUAGUCAAAUUUUGUUGAUAAUUCUACCCCCUCCUUUACCCCCUCUCCCAAUUAAAUCCCUCCUUUUAUUUUUCAAAGCUGCUAUGUAGUUAAUUUUGUCAAAACGAUCAUUCCAUUUGAAAUAUGUUCGUAUUUGGCGCUCAUUAUUCUAGUCUUUAACUUUGGUUUAAAAGGAAAUUAAAGAAAAUUUUUUCUUCGUACUUAUCUCUUUCAAAUCGAAUUAUACGCAUUUAAAAGAAUUCCCCCUCCCCUCUCUACACUCUCUUCUCUCUAGCUUUAGGUUAAUGGACGUAUCAAAAAUGUUUUGUUGGUGCUAAUUUAGUCUCAAUAUAUCGUACGUGAUGCGCGUGCAUGUGGUGCGCAUGCGUGUGUAUGUUGUAGUUGUGUAUACAGAUAUGUCCAUUUUUUAAUUUUUAUUUAAAUAUUGGGCUGACAGGGUUAUUUGGGUUGGAUAUUUAUUGGGCGGUGUGGAAAGAGCUAUUUUUAUUUUGUAAUUUUAAAUUAAUCAUUUUUGAAGCGUCGUCCUAACGCUAUAGCUAUAGUAUUCACUAUAAACAAUAUCCCUUGUUCCUUCACCACCGUUUCCUUAUCUCCUAGUGGCCCGGGAUCGGACUACAAAAUCAAUUGACCAAUCAAAUUUUGGCUCAAACUUUAUAAUAAAGUAACAAUCAAACCCGUAAAAUCAAUGGGCAAUGGUAAUCCUACCAGAUCGGGGGAAGAGGGGUAAAUUUGUAAUACCAUAUUGGAAUACCAACUUUACCCAUAAGGUAACCGGGUAAUUUUCACGUGGAGCUGUAGCUUUCAAUCUACCUUUUCAAGAAAUAAAAGGUUGCCAGGUCAACUUAGUGGAUAAAGUAUGGAAACCUUUGAAAAAAGG